AUGUUGCCUUUGUCUCACAAAGACAAUUAUCCAUCAUAUUCGAGGGGAUUCGGCUCCAGGAUAAAAGAAAAAAUUAAUAGCUGGAUUAGGUUAAUUUUUUCCGACAGAAAUUCAAGGAACUUAUUUUUAUUUUUACUGCUUAACUUAUCUUUCGCCUUUGUUGAAUUAAUUUAUGGCGUAUGGAGUAAUAGUUUAGGUCUCAUUUCGGAUUCCUUCCAUAUGUUUUUUGAUUGCACUGGACUCCUGGCUGGUUUAGUGGCGUCUGUAAUAACGAAGUGGAAAGCUAAUGACAAGUUCUCUUAUGGAUACGUAAGAGCUGAAAUAUUAGCAGGCUUCGUCAAUGGAUUAUUUUUGUUAUUCAUUUCAUUUUUCUUGAUGUCCGAAGCUGUCGAAAGAGCCAUCGAACCACCAGAGGUGAAACACGAAAGGCUGUUUGUAGUCUCUGUUUUGGGAUUGCUGGUGAACUUAGUUGGUAUUUACGCCUUCCAACAUGGUCACGGACAUUCUCAUGGCUCCCAUGGGCACUCACACGGAGGGGCAGGUCACGGACAUUCCCAUUCCAUGAACAAUCACAACCACUCUCACGAUGUGGAUAUCGAUCAUGGAAAUUCCCAAAUAAUGAAAGGUGUCUUCCUUCACAUUUUAGCUGAUACAUUAGGUAGUGUCGGAGUGAUAAUAUCGACGGUACUUAUGAAUAUGUUUGGCUGGAUGAUUGCAGAUCCUCUUUGUUCACUGUUUAUAGCUAUACUUAUAGCUUUAAGUGUAUUAGCGCUAAUUAAAGAUUCUAUGUUGAUUUUAAUGCAGAGGCAACCAGUAGCACUAGAUAAAGUGCUUCCGCAAUGUUACCAAAAAGUAGUGAGUUUAGCAGGAGUGUAUUCGGUACAAGAGCCUCAUUUUUGGACUGUAUGUAGUGAUUUUUAUACUGGUGCUAUUAAAUUGGAAGUGUCAAAAACUGUGGAUCCCAAAUAUGUUGUGUCUCAUACGCAGAUGAUAUUUGCUUCAGUAGGAGUUAGACAGUUGUAUGUUCAAUUGGACUAUACACCAAUGUGA